UUCCGCCCCGCAGACCCCGGAUGAAGCUGCCGUUUGGGGCAAGUGAAGCAGGGCCACUGAGGCUGGUCGGGUUUUAAUUUAGCAGAGAGGGGGGUCGGAGCGGAUCGGAGCCCCGCUGGAUUAAUGUGGACAGGGCAGCGCGGAGUGCCAGCAGGGCUACGAGGAGCAAACACUCCGGGUCGAGCAGAGACACCGGCUAAAAGCUGCUGCUAACUCUGUUUAACUGUUAGCAGCAAAGUAACGCAGAGCAAGCAGCCAGCUUCUCCGGCUAAUAGCCUCUCCACACCGCGGAGUGUGCAGCUCACACACGGCACGUCUCAUCGGAGCUCCAGUCUAACACAGCACCUGGUGGAUGAAUGAUGUCUGCCGCUAGCAUUGACCCUCAGACAUCGAAAGGACAAGAUGCAAGCAAAGCCUUUCCAGUUUCGGUGCAGAAUGGCUCCCUCCAUCAGAAGGAUGCUGUCCAUGAUAAUGACUUUGAGCCCUAUCUUACCGGCCAGUCCAGUCAGAAUAACAGUUAUCAGUCCAUGACAGACCCUUACCUGUCCAGCUACUAUGCCCCCUCUAUUGGAUUUCCUUAUCCUCUCAGUGAGGCUCCUUGGUCUACAGGAGGCGAUCCGCCGAUUCCCUACUUGACACCCUAUGCCCCGCUCAGCAAUGGAGACCACCACUUCAUGCACGACACUGUGUUUGGGCAGCCGGGCGGGCUCAGCAGCAGCAUUUACCCUCACAGGUUUAACUUCUUCCCAGAGAAUCCGGCGUUCUCUGCUUGGGGCACCAGUGGUUCUCAGGGACAGCAGACUCAGAGCUCAGCCUACGGGGGGAGCUACAGCUACCCACCAAGCUCACUUGGAGGCACUUUAGUCCCUGAUGGCCAGACAGGUUUCCAUAGUGACACCCUAAGCAAGGCCCCAGGUAUGAACAGCAUAGAGCAGGGCAUGUUGGGCCUCAAAAUAGGCGGGGACGUGACCGGAAGUGGCUCAGGUGUGAAGAGUGCAGGCUCCGUGAUCGGUGGCAGCGGCAGUGUAGCGGCUGCUGUUGCCACGGGCAACGGUGGCACACCAAUGGGAAUGCCCCCUCCGAAGCCGACAUCAUGGGCUGCAAUCGCUAGUAAACCCGCCAAGCUGCAGCAACAAAAGACCAAGAACAAGCCUCCUAUAGUCGGAGGACCUCUGCCUCCACCUCCCAUCAAACACAGCAUGGACAUUGAUACGUGGGACAAUAAAGGGACUGCGACCAAGAUGGCCCCUCCUUUACCCCACCACCACCAACAGCACCAGCCCCAGCUUCACUCCCAUGCUCCCAGUCUCUUGCCUCCCCUUCAACAAUCUCUGCAUUCUGCCCAGUCCCUGGUGCAGCAGAUGACCCUGCAGGGCCCUCCUCCACCUCCUCCUCAUUCCUACCAGAACCACAACUCUGCUCCCACACCUCAGACCCGCUGGGUAGCCCCACGCAACCGCAACUUGUGCUAUGGCGGAGGAAGCUUGGACAGCAGUGGCUCCUCCAACGGCGGUGGUGUUGGUAAUGGAGGGGGUGGGGUGGGGCCUCCAGACCUGGGAUCAGAGUCCCACCCUGUGCUGGAGAAACUGCGAGCGGCCCACAGCUACAACCCCAAGGACUUUGACUGGAACCUGAAAAACGGCCGCGUGUUUAUCAUUAAAAGCUACUCCGAGGACGACAUCCACCGCUCCAUCAAGUACUCCAUCUGGUGCAGCACGGAGCACGGCAACAAGCGCCUGGACUCAGCCUACAGAGCCAUGAACUCUAAAGGGCCCGUCUACUUGCUGUUCAGCGUCAACGGCAGCGGGCAUUUCUGCGGCGUGGCGGAGAUGCGCUCGCCGGUGGACUACGGCACCAGCGCAGGUGUGUGGGCGCAGGACAAGUGGAAGGGCAAGUUUGAUGUGAACUGGUUGUUUGUUAAGGACGUGCCUAAUAGCCAGCUGCGCCACAUCCGCCUGGAAAACAACGACAACAAGCCGGUCACCAACUCACGUGACACUCAAGAGGUUCCUCUGGAAAAAGCAAAGCAGGUGCUCAAGAUUAUCGCCCAGUACAAACACACCACCUCCAUCUUCGACGACUUUUCCCACUACGAGAAGAAGCAAGAGGAAGAGGAGGUGGUGAAAAAGAGCUACGAGCCUGCCUCAAUACAGAGUCGAUCCCGAAUCGAUCAGGAUCGUCAGAAGUAAGCUAUAGAAGUGUCUUCUGAAAGCUCAGCCGACGGUUGUGUUUGAAUGGACAUGCUGAAAUCUAGGUUUAAAAAGAAAACACAAGGACACACACAAACACACAAAAAAAAUCUGAAAACGAAUAUUUUUUUUCUAUUUAAUUUUUGCGACCAAACUAUUUGAGCCACCAGUUCCAGUCUUCGAUAUGCGUGCAGGGAUGAAGCUCGUUCCACCAGAUGAAUCGCUUCAAUAAUAUCUAUUUUCUUGUUUUUUCUGUAUUUUUUAGCCUUAUAAAUCUCUAUCGCUACCCUCGAACUUCUGAAAUUGGUAACUAAUUCUAAAUAUCUGCACAUCUGUUUGGAAAAAUCUCUCGACAACAUGCUGCUGAUAUUCAGUGACUGUUCACUUUGUGGUUUGUGUGUUGGAGAAAUGUUAAGUGCUUGUAUUGAUUUAUCUUAAUGAGUGAACAACAACUUUAUUGACAAAUGUCUGCUAUCUGUAUGUGGCCAGUUGUAUUUUGUAUUAUCAUAAGACAAAAUAAUAACUUCUAUCAUGCCCCCUCCUCCUCCUCCUCCUGUUUUUUUUUUUUUUUUUUUUCCUUCAUGUGAGGGGUCUCUGAAGGUUUCUAUAUGCAUAGACAUAAUUGUGCAAAGGUGGUGGCAUUAGAAGGCAUAAAUGUUAGAAGAAUAUUUUGAAGGAUGUAUCACCAGGUUUAACAUAAUGUUGAGAAAAUGUGGGAUUUUGUCAUUACAGGGUGGAGCCGUAACAUUUCUUUGCAGCGGUAGUGUGGAUUAAUUUUUAUUUCCAGUACUGUACCUCAAUUUUUUUUUUCAAGCUAGAGAUUCAGGGAAAAUAAGUCUGAAGAUCAAACGCUCUUAAAGGUGGUCCUGCUCUCACUAACAAUGGAAAUUCAAACAAUACUGUUUAAGUUGAUUUUUUUUUUUUUUUUUUUUUUUUAAAUCAACACAGGAUCUGCUUUCUUCCCCCUUUCUCUGUUUAUGAAAUUCUGGGCAAUGUAGCAUGUACUGCUUUUAGAACUCAAGCCAGGCCCGUCGUUUAGUUUUAUUUGUUCUUUCUUAACAUUAUAAUAAUCUUUUCAUCAUUUCCAUCGCUAUAACCUUCAUCCUCGGAAAAUGUAAGCUUUAAUGUACCGGCAUUUCUAACUGAGAUCGCCUCAAAAUGUUUAACUGUAGCAUUAUACUUAACUGAUUUAUUGUCAAGUGUAUGAAAACGCAGAGACUAGCCUAUAUGGUAUAUGUUUGUGACUUUUUGUUAUUUUCUUUUUUAAUUGCUUGCUGUAUUGUGUGUGGGUGUGUGCGUGGGUGUGUCUGUAUGCGAGUGGAAGAAAAAGAGAGGGACUGUGGAGCAAUCAGAAUUAUAUAAUGGUAUUGGAAUAUAGAAAAUUUAUGCAAAAAAAAAGUUUUAAGUCACCCUUGAAUUAAAUAUCUAUUGUAUCAGAGGUCACUAUCACAUUCUUAGAUUUGAUCAUGCUCAUUAUUAAAGACAUACUUAUCUGUU